CAUGGGGAUUUCAUAUGGCAGACUCGACAUCGCACGAUGAGGCUGGAAACCUCCCACAUAGAGGCGGAGCAGUGUCGGCUUUUUGGUGGUGAACCCGGUGACGACGUGGGCCUUUGCUAUCGGAUGCUGGAGUAUUUCGGUGGGCUUGAUUACAUCGACUGUCCCCAGUCUCUAAACGCACUACCUGGAUGACGCGCAUAAAUAUGCGGAAAUCGUCGGCCCUUUUGAAAACUCAACGAUUCAAAAGUGUCAGUCAGACGGUGGA